CUGAGAUCUUCUGUGGGUACGCAAGUUCUUCACAACCAGCUUUCUCACUCGAAUCUCCCCUGCCCCCCUCUCCCAAUACUCUUAUCUCCCGUCUUCCGUUGGGUCCCAGCUCAAAAGUCCGGUAUUUUGCCGGAAGCCUUUCCGGAUGCCCAUUAGUGCCUUCCUCCUGCGGGUCAUGCCCAGCCUAUCCCGCAUCUUCCUAGUUUGUGUGCAAGUCUCUUGGUCAGAAUGUGAGCUCCUUGAAAUCCGGGACCGUCUUUUGCUUUCGUCAGCAAACGUGUCAAGUACAGUAACUAACCGCUGGGGAUCCAGACUUGAAAAAGACAGUCCCUGCUCUUGAGGAACGCAAGUUUAAACCCCGUAACGGCCGGGUACAAGCUAGCUACAAGCAGGAUAAAACUGUAAACGACCAAUGGGCUGACGCCGUCGCAUCCCGACGACAUUUAGCCCCAGCCCGGCAAACAGCAGGUGUUUAAUAAAUGUUUAUUGACUCGGGGACCAGACCCGGGGCAUCCACCCACGCCCCCAGGAGCCCUGGGAGCUGCGGCGACGGAGCCCCCCUCAAUUGUAGUUUUUCCUUGCGAAGAGGUGGGGAGAGAAGGCCUCCCGAGCCGUCCCCUCCCGUGCUCCGCCCCUCUCCCCGGCCCCGCCCGCCCCACAGGCUCUAGUUCCUCUGCCUCCUCCUCCGGAGGAAGCGCCGGGCUCCGGAGUAGUCUCGCCCCUCCCCCGCGGCUCCUCCUCCUCCUCCCUCCGCUCGGGUACUCGCGGGGCCCGGGCGGCAGAGAGCGGGAACCUCCUCCCCGGCGAGCCUGGCGGCCGCGGCGCUCCCACCCGUCCUGGCCAGUCCUCGCCGGCGGCUCCAAGCUGCCGGCCCCGGUUUUAGGAAGGGGGGAGGGGCGGGGGUCGCGUCAGGAUGAAGGAGCAGCUGCUCGGGAGCAUGGCCAUGCCGGGCAAGUCCCUGCAGAAGGCUUGCCGGCUGCUCGUGGUUUUCUGCGCCCUGCAUCUCCUCGUCACGCUCUUCUACUACUUGUCGGGCCGGGAUUUCGACGUCCUGCAGCUCUUCUCCAAGCACCAGCAGAGCCAGGAGGGGCGCAGCUCCGCGCCCAUGACCAUGACUGAGGUCGCCAGGGAGGCGCCGGCCACCUCGGCGGCGGCAGUUUUGGAGAAGCCGGCCCGAGACCAAGCGCCGCUGCCCGAGGAGGCCACGGAGACCACGGAGACCGGGCCGCCCGGCAAAGUCGAGCUGCUGCCGCCCAGCUGCCCGGACCCCUCGCCGCUGCUGGUCGGCCCAUUAAAUGUGGAAUUUGUGCGCCCUGUGAAUCUGGAAUCCAUAGCGAAAGACAAUCCUAAAUUGAGGAAAGGAGGUCGAUUCACCCCAGAGGACUGCACAGCACUUCAAAAAGUGGCCAUUAUUAUCCCUUUCAGGAACCGGGAUGAACAUCUACGUUAUUGGCUCUAUUAUCUCCACCCAUUUCUACAGCGUCAGCAGCUGGAUUAUGGGAUAUAUGUGAUAAAUCAGGAUGGUGAUGAAACAUUCAAUCGUGCUAAGCUUCUGAAUAUAGGCUUUCAAGAAGCCUUGAAAGAAUAUGACUAUGACUGCUUUGUAUUUAGUGAUGUAGAUCUGAUACCUAUGGAUGAUAGGAACACCUAUAAGUGUUUUGAACAGCCCAGGCACCUCUCUGUGUCAAUGGAUAAAUUUGGAUUUAGCUUACCUUAUAACCAGUAUUUUGGAGGUGUCUCUGCUUUAAGUAAAGAACAAUUCCUCAAAAUAAAUGGAUUCCCUAAUAACUAUUGGGGUUGGGGAGGUGAAGAUGAUGAUAUUUAUAACAGAUUUGACAGAAUUGCACAUACAAGGCAGACCAUGAACUCUGAUGGUUUGAACUCACUUAAAUACCAACUUUUGGAAAUUCAGAAAUACCCUCUCUAUACCAAAAUCACAGUGGAUAUUGGAUCACCAAGUUAGCAUCUCAGUGAGAUCCAUAAAAGACCUGAAAAAACAAUCAAGGAACUAAGUUGACUCUCUUUGUAAACUUGCUGGAAUUUUUUCCAUUUUGCCUUUUGUUGUGCUACAAUCAAAAUGAACAGGAAUGCCUCAUAUAAUUAUUCAGAAACUUUUCCAAAUCACUAGGACGAGUGGGCCUUCUUGCCCCCAACUUGACUCGGCACACGACUUUUCUAGCUGUAAGUUUUAGAGACUGUAUAUAAGCAUUGUUGGUUAUUUAUAUUCUUGUUGGAGACUAUCUUGAUUAUGGUUCUUAACAGCUUAGCCUACAAUAAGUUGACAGUUGUGAACAGCUAAAAAUCACUGCGUUCUAGCUUCAGUGAUUGGUGGUUAAUUCCCAAGGAUCAAUCUGCCAAAUUUCCAUGUAAUAUAUAAGAAUUUUGCUUUAAAUUUGUUGUAAUAUUUAAUUUUAUGAAGGACUGGAAAAUGCUGCUAAAAUUGGUUUACAAGUUUACAUUUUGGGAAAUUAUUUGCCAGGUCCCAAACAGCUAGUAAGGGCUAUGACCCUUUAAGAACCAAAGGAGGUAUUAGAAAAAGUUCCUGAGGGGCUGCCGAGAAGCCCUCCCCUUUUGUAGGUUCCUACUUUAGUCUUUAGUUGCUAUGUCAUUCAACAUCCUGACCCUCUACUCUCCUCAUUCCCCUUUCUUUCCUAUUUUCCUUCUCUUACUGCCAUGAUUUUAGGUCUCUGGCUCCCAAGUUGUGCCUUGAUUAAAUCUGCAUGGCUGGCCUUGUCAGAUUGGUCUCUUGUACCUUCUCCCACUAUGGGUAGAUUCCCUAGUAUUUGAAUUUUUCCUCCUUGUGCCACAAAGUAAGCCUAGUUGACUCAACAGCAGUCCCAAGUAGGUUUUCAUUAUCAUCUCUUAGCACAGGGGAAACCUGUCUGUCCCAGAGCUCUGUCAUGAUUUAUCAUAGUUAUAGACUGGUCAUCAUUUGGUGGUAUGGAGGAUCUCCUAGCUUCUCUUUACUCAUUAUAGGCCUGAAAAUGUUACUCUACAUAGGGAGAAUUCUAGCCACUACAAGUCUGAUUUGAAGAUAAAUUUGCCCUUCAGUCCUAGGUUGUAUCUUUGCCAAAGAGUCUUGAGGUUUUCUGAUUCUAGGUUCAGAUGUCCAUCCAGUCUGUCUCUCUCCUCUCCCCAGCCUACUAGCCUUCCUAUACCAAUAUUCUCCCUGAAAGACUGGACAAGACAGAGAAACUUGCCAGUUUUUUAAAGCUUUACUAUAGCUAUUCAUGUAUCUCUUAACACACGAACUGUUUCAUAGAUGAUCUCUAAAUGGGAUUCUACUCAACUGCCUCAUUCAUCUACCAACAGUGGAUGAGUGGAUGGUUCUUUUCUGCCUGCAGUCAUACUGUGGUCUUCCUGCCCUUCUCUGAAUCCAUUCAAUUUCUUAAUCAAUGAAGGUGGUCUGCAGUUGGAGCAAUGUAGAGAUUUAUCCACAGGAGGAGGUGGCUGGCAAUUCAUCAGUCCAGUAGCUACUGAAAGCAUAGAUUUCAUUAAGGGAGUUUUGCCAGGCUUUUUGUUGUUAAGCUAGCAUCUAAAUUGAAAUUAAAUUAAUUGCUCUGGCUGACCAGUGACCCAGAAAACCUGGUUGAACUCACUCAGCAUGCUAGGGUAGAGGUAACCCCUAUCCAUCGAACCUCAUUGAUCAUUAUUUCUAAAAAGAAGAGCAAUUUAACUCUUGCCUAAAUUUUCUUCAACUUACUACUUAUACCAGAGCCUCCUCUACUUUCCUAUUUUGCUGUCUCCUUCCUUAUCAUAGAAAGUCUACAUCCAGUAGAGUUGAUUCCCAAAGAAAGAAUAGACCUCUGCUUACUUUGUGAGUCAGUGUCCAUUGUGUUAUGAAUGGCUCUCUCCAAGGGUAAGAGGAACACACUGUUAAGUAGAAUCCAAUGGAGCCUUCUCUCAAGUCCCAUCCUUUCCCUACUGAAUACCCCUUUAAAUUCAAUUACCUGGCAAAGAGAUUCUUAAUAAGCCCUUUGGGUUGCCUAAACUCUAAUCCAGCAAGAGCGGAUUCUCUGUCCCCCAAAUACAUUUUCUUGCUAAUAGUUUUUAAUAUUUAGGAAUUUAUAUUUAGAAUAUCCUCAGGAAACACCAAUUCUUCAUCUUAGAACUUACUUAGGGAUUCAAAUACUCAAUGUCACCUGGAGGCCAUCCUGGGCUAGGAAUUCACCUAAUUGUCUAGAACAUUUAUUGGGCUUUAUGGUUGUAUUCAUGGGAGAGAAACUGUCUUAGUCCUUCCUAGAAAACCUUUAAAUGCUAUUGUGAUAUGAGAUAAAUGUCCUUUCUUCUAGUUCCAUACUCACUUUUCUAAGUCAGACAUACCUGAAUUCUUCAAAACUAAGACUGUGGAAGACCUUCAAACCAAUUAUCUCUAAGGGAAGAAAAGGACCUGAAAACUACCUUACAGAUGAAUUUGAUUUGGCCAUUUAUGGCCUUUAAUUUCAAAAAUAUGGUAUUGAUGGGAAAGGACUUGCUACAGAAUCUUGCCUAAAGUUCAUGUUGGCUUCUUCAAAAUUAUUUACAUGGUCAGGCAGGAUUUCUAGUAAUCAUAAGAUGGCCCACAUCAACACAGAAUCUUAGAGUGUGACAGUUGGAAGGGACCCCAGGGCCUACCUAACUAAACCCAAACAUGAGAGCGCUGACCCUGGAGUCAGGGGGACUCCAUGUGUCCAAAUAUGUCCAAAUAUGACCUCAGACACUUAAUUGUAUGGGAGACCUGGGCAGAUCCCUUAUCUCUGAUUCCUUCUCCCCAAAACUUUUUUUUUAAGCUUCAUACAUGAAAGGAAUCCUCAUUGUACUGAACAAAUAAGUAAGAUAUCCAUUCUCACCUUGAAGACUUACCAGGAGGGGGAACCUACCAUCCCUCAAGGCAUCCUCCCUCUUCUACUUUUAGACUUCUCUUAUUGUCAGGAAGUUUUUCUGUAUAUCAGGCUUAAAUUUACCUUUACAAUUUCUACCCAUUGCUGUUGGUUCAAUUUUCUGGGACCAGGCAACAUAUUUAAUCCACGAGACAUGUCUUUGUGGAUAGACAUAUCUCUCCACAGGAUAAUCCUUCAUAUACUUGAAGUUACUUAUUAUGUCAUCCUUAAGAUUUCUCCAGGUAAACACUCCCAGUUCUUUCAACUCAUCAUAUGACCUGCUCUCAAGAUUCUUCACUUAAAUGCAAGAUUCCAGAUGAGAUCCAAUGAGGGAAGAGUAUAGUGGAACCAUCCACCUUCCUAUUCCUGGAAGUUAAUGUUCCUCUUAAAGCAGCCCAUGAAUACAUGGGUUUUUUUUUGUUUUUUUUGUUUUUUUGGUUUUUUUUGAAUACUGACACAUUAAGCUUGGAAUUCAGUAAGACUCUACAUCUUUUUCAGAACAACUGUUGUGUGUACCCAUGCCUUUCUCAACUUGUACUUUUGAAAUUGUCUUUUAAAAGUCCACAUACAAAACUUUACAUUUAUCCCUAUUCAGUUUCAUCUUUUUCAAUUUGCCAAAGGUUGAACUAAGAAAUUCAACUAUGUCCUAUAGCUCUAUUUGCUUUCAAACUUCCUUUUCUUUUCCCCCUAGUUCAAAGGCCAGAGUAUCCCUAGGUCUUAUGAUGAAUCAUUUUUCUUCUUUUUUUAAAUUGAUCUUCAAGGCUAUGUUGCCAUCACUGUUGUACUGGGACUGAUUUCUUACCUGCUCCAGCUUUUGCCCACAAUUAGAAUUUUCCUUAGAGAUAUUUUUUGGGUAAGUGGUCUCGUUAUACAUCUCAUCUGACCACAUUUCAUUUCCUCUUUCAAUAUUUUGUUCAUAGUCUUGCAGGCAAAAAAUAUAUAGUUUUCUUUUGCUCACUGUUAUGAAGAACUGGUGAAUGGAGAAUAGGACUUUAUAAUAAUACUUGGGCAAUUAAUUAUACCUCUUAUGAUCAAGACAGGUGGUGGGGAUGUCUUCCCCAGGACUGACUUUUGUUUUUAACUACAUAAUGACUAUGGAUGUCCUCCUCACUCAGAACACUUCAUUCCACUCUAAGUAUGACUUUUGUCCCUCUUCUACAAUUUCUCUUUCUACCUUUUCUCCUACAAUGUAUAAUUACUUGGGGGAACUAGAUGCUAUUCAUAUUAUCAGACUGCCAUUUAGUAGACACAAGUAGACUAUAAAUAGCAUGUAAAUUAUGGAGAGCUCUUGUAAGUAGAGGACUAGACAUAGUUCAGUACCCAUAAUCUGUAUUCACUGUAUCUUUACCCAAAACACCGAACCAUUCUCCAUAAUCUAGAUUAUGACUUUUUUCUUCUAGCCCCCAUCCUGUCCUUUUACCAUUCUUUUUUCAUGGGGUUUAAAUUGACCUAUCCUAUCACUUUCCAUUACUAUUUCAUCUACAUGUCUAUGCCUGUGGAUUUUAGGGGAAAGCAAAAUUUGUGAUAUGGACCAUCCUUGAAUCAUAACUAUUAUGGCAGCUACCCUACAUACUUAAGUAGAGAGAACUUGGAACCGACUGCAUACUGGAAUAGUCAACAACCCAAGGCAGACAGUUUUAACAGGGCUCCACUGCCAAGCUCAGGUCUUAGAAGUCUGAGUAUAAGCAAGGCCUGAGAUCCUUCGAGAACCAAAGAAAUACUAUCUGCCAGAUUCACUAAAAGGUGCUCAAUUCUGCUGAUUCUUCUGUCUGCAGUUUGCCUCUAACCAGUGGUCUUGGUCUUUAUUUGUCCAUUUCCUUUCUUUAGCUCUGAUCUCUGGCUUGUUCCUUAUUCCUAUUCUCUAUUUUAUUCCUCUCUGGUCUUGUUUUAGCCUAUUUAUGUUGCUUAUUCCAUUUGUAAGUGCUACCUUGCUUAUGAAUAAAACCCACUCUCCUCUGCCGCAUUGGCUUUAUUAUUUUCUGCUCCCUCACCAGCUCCUGUUCCAUUCUCCUUUACUUGACCUCUGUACUUCCUCUGUUUCUCUGAUGCUUCUUCCACUGUUGCUAAGGGCAGUGGUCUUAUUCCUUGCCCUUAUGGAAGAAGCUUCUGCUAUCCUCUGAUUGUACCAGAAAAACCUAUGAACUUCCCAUCUGUUCAGCUCUGGUUAGCUGUAUCUGAACCAGAGCUGGGUCCCCAGGGGAUGCUAUGAGUCUUCUUUGCAUUACAGAUGAUAUAUUUUGUUUCUCAUAAAACAAAUACCAAAAUUUUAUGGAGAAUGAGUGCAAUUUAAAUACCCUGUUCAAUUUGCUUUUCAAGUAAUAUUUGUUCAAAAAUUUAACUCAACUCCAGCAAUUAUUGUAGUAUUAGAUAUAUUUUGUCUCCCCCAAAUUUUAGUUCUGAGGGAUUCUAGUCUUCAGAGCAAAUGUUACUUGCUAGAUUGUUCAGUGCUCAGUCUCUGAAUUGCCUUAUUUCUUUAAGGACCGAUAAAUAUGUUUUAUUAGCAGUUUGUAUUGUUUAAAAUGAACAAAUCGGGUUGUAAUUGUGGGAUAAAGUGAUCUGUUUUGAUUCAGGUUUUACAGAGAUAUUUAGUAUUCUUUAGGUAAUGGAAGUCAUACUCUUCUGAUAGUGUGGGAUAAACUUGAAUUUCCUAUGUACACUUUAAUUGUAAUGUUUUAAAUGUCAGUAGUUGGGGCAAAAAUAUGUGGAUGCUGUAUUCAGUAUUAAUGCCUUUUCAUUUUACUGAGAGAAAAGAUAACUUACAAACCUUUCAAAUGAGGCUGUGGAAUCUCAUUUGUUAUACCCACAUGUUGGAGAGUUUUUUUGCCUUCCCUUGUAAGGAUAGGUCACUAGUACCAAAGGGAGUUCCUAUUAAACCUCUGAGACAAAGACUUAUUUCUCUUUUCAGAAUAGGACCAGAGAAACAUCCAAAAAUGACCUCACAAAAAAAAAAUUGACUUCACAAUUAAAAGAAACAACAUUUUUUUUUCCCCCUUUGGGAAAUCGCUUCUUAAUUAUGAAGUGAAAGUCUAGCUGGGCAGACCUGUCCUGAGGAUAAUGUGGAACCCAAGAAGAAUUAGUCUCCACAAAUCUGCCCUUUCUUUCCCAGAACUGGGUGGGAUUGCUCUGUUCCAUGAUAGUGGCUAAUGGGAAUGCUGUUUCCAGUGUACAUAUCUCCAGACUUCUUUACAAGCCAUUAGGACUCAACAUCUGUCUUGUUUUAGGAAUAAGUGGAUGACACUGCAAUCCCCAAGUAGCAAUUAAGGCAGUGUCUCUGUGUCAGCCCCUACCAGCUAAUCCAUUUUUUUCCUUGUUUCUUAGCCAACUCCCUUUUCCUUUUCCUCUUUUCCUUGCCAUUCAGUUUUUCCUUCCUGCCACCUCCCUGUUUCCUAAGAUUGCUGAUGGUAUCUUUCUUUCAUUUAGCAAUUUCUCUUCUUAGAAAGUAAGCUAGGCUUAACUCAGGUGCCUAAAACUUUCUCUGCCUCUCAAGUUUUUCUACAGUGGUUUUCAUAAUAUUGUAAAUAAUCCCUAAGAAUCGGUGACCCACCAUUGGAAGAACACUGGUUUUGGAAUUCCAACGAUGCUGGCUCUCCAAGAUAUAUGACUCUGGCAGGUCAUUAAAGCCUUACUUUUACUUUUCUCUUUGUAAAACAGAGAUAACCUUACCUACCUCACAGGGUUGUUGUGAGGGUUAAGUGAGAUAAUUGUAUGUUAAUCACUUUGUAAGCCUUAUUAGCACUAUGCUAUUACCUAAAACCUGUUCCUUGGGAUCUUAGCACAUCAGAACAGGAGGUGAAAUGAGAAAUUUUCCACCCAGAAAUCCCUGACUAUUCAGCUUGAGCUAAGACUGGUUAAACAGACUAGGUUCAAAAGUAUAAUAGUUGCCCAAAGCCUAAUUCUAGAGCUGAGGCCUAGAUGUCAAGAGAUCCAGGUUCCAGACCCAGCUCUGUUAUUUACUCACUAUGUGACCUUAGAACACUAGCCUUAAAUGGACCAUAAUUUGUUCCUCUGUAAAAUGAGGGAUGUGGUCUUUAAGGUCUCUCUCUCUCCAUCUCUUACAUUCCAGCCUUCCAACUUGCCCAUCUGUUAUGGUGGCUGAAGAGAGGAAUAACAUUAGAAAUCUUGAUGUGCCUGAAAAACUGAAGGCUGUUUGUUUUCCUUUCUUAGUAAGUGUAGCAACUGCCUGGCCCUCAAAUAUCAGUGGGUGCCCCAUUCCCAGUCUUUUAAAUCAUAGCUGUGGUGAGAACACUUUUUAAGUUCUCAAGUUUUCAACAUUUUGUUUUUAACUUUUUUUCCCAGACAACUUUUAUUAUUAUUAUUAUUAACUCUUUUCUACUAUGGCAACAGCUAUGCAAUGCAAAUAAAUUGUUUUUAAUCCUAAUGACUGGUUUCUCAAAGCCAGAACUGCUUUAGGAAGUAGGAACAUAUCUUUGGGAAAGAGGGGUGAUCCAGAUCUUUAAGAAUUUAUAGUCUCUCUUUUCCAGGUCACAUCAUGACCAGGGUUAUUUACAAAGUGCCUUAAAAAAAAAAGGGGGGGGGGGAGCAAAAGUCCAGAAAAGCAACUUCUCUGGUGCCUAUUUUAAUUUAAAUACCAAAUCCUAAACCCUCAUUCACAGAUUAUUUCUUAUUCUGUGUCACUUUCAAACACUUGAGGGUGUAGAUCAUUCUCUUCACAAGGGAAAACAAACAUCUUUCCAGUCCUUACCCAUUUCCUGGCCUUCUAGGGAUUCUUUAGGAGACUUCUUUGCUGUUGCUGAAUGUUCAUGGGAUGCAUCUGUCAGACUGUGAAAUUCCUAUUGGACCUUCACCAGUCCAUGAAAUGCAGUCAUUGUUAUUUCUCUCUGGGAUCUUUCAGGGUCUAGUUUUCUAUGAGCAUUUUUUUUAUCCAGAAAUGAAUUGUGACUGUGAAAUUAUCAUUUGUAUUUCCAUUAUUUCACCCGUUCCAUUGCUGGUCUUUAGGAAACUAGUGAAAAGUAUACACAACAUAAUUUCAGCAUAAAAGAAAGUACAAGUGCCUGGUUUUUCUUGAGCUUGUACUCAGAGUUAGGUAUGUUAUGCUGUUAUUGUGAACCGUAAGCAUUACAGUAACUUGUUACGGGGUCAUUUGGUUUGUUUUCAAAUCCUAAUUCUGCUUUGCACUUUUUUUUGUUAACUUUUGUGUGUGUGCACGUGUAUAUGUGUGUAUAUAUACAAUUGUAAGAGCUGGGAGAAUGGGUCUUCCAGUCUUGAUAUUCAUAACAGAUGAGAACUGUAUUUUUUUGCCUUUAAAUUCAUUAAAGACUUGAAUAAAUGAACUUAUCUUUAUAAA